GUUGGAUUUUUGAAAAGGGGAAGUUGCCGCUUAAGUCGUCUUUCUAAAUGUUUUCGCUGCACAGUUCCCUCUUUGUUACGAUGGCACUUCUAAUCGUCCUUACUUCACUUCUUCAAGUGGUGUUGAGUGAGUCAUUCAUCGAAGUCUCUGGAUAUGUGGAUGACAACAUUACCUUGCCCUCAAAUGCCGAUUCAUCGUGGAACCUCUCAAAAAUUGAAUGGUCAAUAUUCUCCAACAACACCUGGAUAGCCACUUAUGACAAUAAAAUUAUAAACACUCAACGUGUUUCUGAAUAUGAAAACAGACUCAAGCUUGACGUCACCACAGGUAAUUUGACCAUCAGGAACCUUAGAAUGGGAGAUGCCAGGGUUUACACUGUAGACCUUUCCAAUCCUGAUGGUGAAAAUACAGUAAACACAAUUAGGCUCACAGUGAAACAACGCCUCCCGAAACCGAUCAUUGUGGAGGUCGAAAAUAGUACUACAGAAAGAGGCUGUUUUAUGGUGCUGAGCUGUUCCUCUCCCGAAAAAGGCGUUGACUUUUCCUGGCACGUUGAGCCCUCCACGUUGUUUGUUUGGAGUAAUCCAAAGAGUGGGCUUUCACAGCUCACUGCGUAUCUAAACACCACACACAACUUUACGUUUACCUGCUUUUCCAGCAUGCGAACAGAGAAUGCAACACAAGUUUUCAUGUCAAAGUGUAAAGAUAAAAGUACAAUUGUCACAAAAAAAACACCACAAGAAAGAGACAGAUGUGUCCUUAUAUUCAUUGUAGGAGUGCUGUUUGGUUUAAUCCCAUCAUGUUUAUACAGCUGUUGUCCAGAAUUCUUCAAAGCUGCAUGGCAGUCCCUAAAAGAAAAACUGUUCCCAGAAUGACUGAGCUGCUGAAAAACUAGACAUGGAGAUCACCACUCUGGGCCACAGAUGUGACACAAAAAAGGGAGUACCUGAAGAUACAAAAGGACUGAUGACCACUCAGUGUUUGUUUUAAAACAUGCAGUAUUAAUUGUAAAAAUGUUUUUGAUCAGCAUGUUUUAUUAUGUGUUGCCUUUAUUUGUACCAGCCUGUGUAAUAGUAGUUCCGUACAACCAUAAUUAAUGGUUAAAAAAAUGAGUUUGAAGCCACAUCAGUAUAUGUUUAGAAAUGUAAGUUUCAUUUUGUUUGUAAAAUUCUUGCUGUUGUUGUUUUACCAGGACAGUAUUUUAAAUGGAUUAGAUUUAUAAAGAUUUUCAAGGCAUGCAAAUCACUUUUACACUGUAUCCAUUAUUCAUUCACUCCUCACUCAUACCUGGUGAUGCUAUACAUACGUAUAUGGGGCGGCAGUGGCUCAGGCGGUAGAGCAGGUCGUCCAAUGAUCGGAA